AUCAGUUUUUUAUUAAUUUCAGCUACGGAUGGAGCGGAUUGGUGAUAACUAUCGUAACAUGUUGGAAUAUGUAUCAAGUUAUUGGUUUUCCAGCGGUAGUUGUCAUUAUUAUGGUGGCCAUACUGAUUCCAGUUCAAGUACUAUUUGGAUUAUGGGUAGCUUUCUUAAAGAACGCAAGUUGUGCUAAAACGGACAAAAGAAUUGCCUACCUCCAAGAAAUCUUAUCCAAUAUGAGAAGCACUAAGAUGUACGUUUGGGAGCAGUAUGCCGAAAAGAAAAUAACUGCUAUCAGAAAGGAGGAAAUCAAUUUCUAUUUUAAAGUUAUUAUUACUUUAUUCGGUUCGAUUGUAUUGGGAAUAAUAGUCGUAAAUGUAACAUUUUUUCUAGUACUGACGAUGUAUGUUUGGUUCGAUCUGCAACUAUCGACAGAAACUAUAUUCUUUAUAAUUGGUAUCUUCGGAAAUUUAUCUUUUACUCUCAGUAUUUGUUUUCCAUACGCAACUUUUUCUUUCUCACAAGUAAUUGUUGCCAUUAAAAGAACGCAAACCUUAGUGGAACAACUGGAAGUUCAAAGUGAAUCAAUUAAAUGCUGCGAAAAAAAUUACCCCAGGAUUAGACUGAAGGAUGUUACAGUUAGUGUAGGCGAUAAAAUAAUCUUGAACAACGUCAGCUGCACCAUGGACAAAGGAUUAACUUUAGUUACAGGAGUCGCCGGUAGUGGAAAAAGUUUUUUGUUAGUGACUCUUUUAAAAGAAUUUGAAGUGUCUAAAGGUGAUUUAGUUGUCGAAGGAAUAAUAUCAUAUGCUUGUCAAGAAUCGUGGUUGUUUCCUUCAACGAUUAGACAAAACAUAAUAUUUGGAAGUAAAUAUGAGCACAAACGUUAUCAAGAUGUGAUAAAGGCAUGUGAUUUGCAAUAUGAUUUUGAUUUAUUGGAAAAGGGAGAUUCCACCGUGGUGGCAGAUCGUGGAAUUAAUUUGAGUAAAGGACAACAAAGUCGGAUAAAACUAGCUAGAGCUAUAUAUAAAGAAAGCGACAUUUAUUUACUCGAUGACUGUUUAUCUAGUCUAGAUCCACCAGUAGAACGUUUUAUUUUCACAAAUUGCAUUCUAAAAUUUCUGCACAACAAAAUCGUACUUUUAGUCAGUCAUAAUAAAAAUUUAAUACCAUACGCCAAUAAAGUUCUAAAGUUAUCUGAAGGACACCUAGAGUUCGUAAAAAAUGACUACCCUGCACAAAUUGAUGACCUAGUUGUAACUAUUUCAAAAGCAAAUGUGCACAAAGAAGAAAGUGAAACUAAAGACGAAGAAAUUUCUGACGAAGAAAAAUUAAUUUCUGAAAAAAAAUCAAAUAAAAUUUAUGGAGAAAAUAAAAUUGUGGGAGGAGUAUGUUUUAAGGCAUAUCAAAAAUGUGUAAAUAUGGGUGGCAGCGUGUUUCUAUUAGCAAUAUUUUGCUUUUUUUUCUUAACUCAGUUGUCAGUUAGUUACAAGGACAAUCUAGUUCGCAACUGGGCUAACCUAGAGAACACAAUUUCAGAAAUCAACAACAGUGGUUUGAAUAAUUCCACUUUGAUACGAGAACGUAAUGAGUUUACCUUUAAAUUCGCUUUUGCGGUAGCUGCAAUAUCUCUUACUACGCUAAUCAGAGCGGCAUCACUUUUUUUCUUCUGUAAAAAAGUUUCGAUUAAAUUGCAUAACAAAAUGCUGAAAAAUAUCCUCAAUGUAUCUCUGGUGUUUUUUGAUAGUACGUUCAUUGGGAACAUAGUCAACAGAUUUUCAAAAGACUUGGUUGCUGUUGAUGAAUGUAUCCCGCUUCCUCUCCAUCAUUUAACCGCUAUCGUUUUUGAAACUGCUGGAAACGUGGUAAUGAUAGCUUCCACAAGCAUAACAUUCCUAAUACCAACUUCACUCCUCUUUACAAGUUUUGCGUUCUUGAGAUAUGUUUAUUUAAAGAGUGGGAGGGCAUUAAAACGAAUGGAUGCUUCAACAAAAAGUCCAGUGAUUGGUUACUUAAAUGCUACUAUGGAAGGACUGCUAUCAAUAAAAGUUUUCGGUGCAGAAAAUAUCUUGAAGGAGGAAUUUGAAAAACACCAUAAUCUUUACAAUUCUGCGUCGUUUUCAUAUUUCGCUUGUACAAAGGCUUUUGUGUUUGCAAUAGACUUAUGUGUAGCGAUGUUUGUCACAGUAGUUAUUGUUUGGUUUGCAGUUUUUAACGGAGGCGUUUUACCUGCAGACUUUGGACUUGUAGUUUCCCAAGCACUAGUAAUGGGAACUGUGUUCUAUUACGCAGUGUCUAAAGAAACUGAAAUAGAAACUCAAAUGACUUCUGUGGAACGUGCCAUUGAAUACACUGCAAUUGAAACUGAGGCAAAAACGGGUUUACAAAUAAAAAACUGGCCUAAAGAAGGCGAAAUUAAAUACGAAAAUGUAUUCGUUUCAGUGGAUAAAUCGAAUACCUAUUUGCUAAAAAAUCUAAAUUUUUUUGUUACGCCAAAGGAAAAGAUUGGACUUGUUGGACGUACGGGUAGUGGAAAAUCAUCUGUCGUUGCUGCUUUGUUUCGUUUAUAUGGAUACGAGGGCAAAAUUACAAUAGACGGCAUUGAUAUUAAAACUUUAUCGUUAAGUUUUCUAAGGUCGUGUAUUUCUGUAAUUCCACAAGAUCCCAUUUUAUUUGAUGGCACCCUUCGAGAUAAUAUAGAUCCCGAGCGAAAACACAGUGAUGAAGAGAUAUGGAGCGUUUUAGAGACAGUAAAAUUUAAAACAUUGCUGAAUAUGCUACAUUUACAUAUUAACGAAUUUAAAUUAACUUGUGGUCAAAGACAACUGAUCUCUUUAACCAGAGUCUUGUUAUCCAACAAUAAGAUCUUAGUGCUAGAUGAGUUGAUUGAGAACGUAGAUUCUGAAACUGCAGACUUAAUAUCUGAUAUAAUCGACAAAAAUUUUGCUUCAUGUACGAUUAUCAAAAUAGCACACAAAUUAAAGUUUGUUAUGGACUGCAAAACAAUUUUAGUGAUAGACAAUGGUGAGAUCGUCGAAUGUGGUAGUCCUGAUUCUUUAUUAGAAAAUAAGAAUGGAUUAUUCUAUAAAAUGGUUUUAAAUUCCACCAUGGGUAUCGAGGGAUAA